UCUGUACCCGCGCAGGACCGCAGCCAAUGGUUGUGCGCGGCGGGCGGGUCGUUUUAUGCUAAUGCGGGCGGCGCUGCUCCAUUCUCCGUUUCGAGGUGGGCACCGACCGCUAUUUACCUGGUGAAGGGAGGCCGCCCGGUGCUGAGUGGGGGCGUCUGGUGUGUUGGCGCUGUGCCAUAUAUGCGGUAAGUACGGAAAAAAUUGCACAUCGGUUUAUUAUAAUAUUAUAACCUGAAGCCUUUCUGUCUUGUUGAAGGUUGAGUUAUAUUUAUGUUCCUGAUGUCAAUAUGUGACUGCAGUAAAUGAUGUACUGAGGCUGCAUGAGACUUCUCAGGGGAUCAGGAAUGGAGUCUAAGACUGACAGUCCGCCUGUCUGGGGCACAUCAUCUGAACAGGAUCAGACUCCGACUCAGGUACAUUUUGUUCCAGAGAACAGUGCUGUUGCUCAGAUUGUUUACACAGAUGAACAGGAUCGACCACCUCAACAAGUGGUUUAUGCGGCAGAUGGAACGUCCUACACUUCAGUGGAUGGGGCAGAACAUACCCUGGUGUACAUUCAUCAGGCUGAUGGGACACAGGCUGUUUUCACCGAUCAGUCCCAGGUAGCAUAUAUCCAACAGGACACAACCACUCAGCAGGUAACAGUUCUUUUGCCCACCAGUCAGAAUGUAUCUGGUGCCAAUCUGGCAGUUCUUGGCAGUGUGACUGAGACCCAGCAGCCAAUACCGGUGGAAAACAAUUCUCAGUCACAUUUGUCCACACUAAAUCAUGGUAUUCCUCAGGUAACUGAGGUCAGUAACUCUGUGCAGCAAACACCAGACACAUUGGACACAGCUGAACAUGACCUGGACACAGAGGAGGAUGAAGAUGAAGACGAGGAUGAGGAGGAUGCGGACUCAUCUGAUAUGGAGGAUUGGGAGCCAGGUCCUCUUCGGCCCUUUAAUCCAUGUGAUUUAUGGUGUGAGGAUUGUAACACUGCUCACCCCGGUGCAUGCCCCAAGCAUGGUACUCUGCACUGUAUUCCCAAUCGGCCUGUCCUGAGCAGGGCCAGGGCAAGCCUGCCACUUAUUCUGUACAUCAAUCGGUUUGCUGGUGGAAUUUUCUCUAAGAGGCGCAUUCCAAAACGUACACAGUUUGGUCCUGUCGAAGGGCCAUUAGUUAAACGGUCGGAGCUCUCUGAUGAUUAUAUUCAUUUAAAGGUUGCUAUGGGGGUUGGAAGGGAUGAGUCAAAAGAUGGAGAGAAAUCUGGGGAUUUGUGGUUUGAUCUGUCUGAUGAGAACAUGUGCAACUGGAUGAUGUUUGUACGUCGAGCUCAGAACCACUUGGAACAGAACCUGGUGGUAUACCAAUACGGCAAGAACCUCUACUUUACCACCAUCAAACAUAUUGAGCCAAAACAGGAACUCAAGGUGUGGUAUGCAGCAUCCUAUGCAGAUUUUGUGGAGCAGAAGAUCCAUGAUAUAUCAGAAGAAGAACGGAAGGUUCUACGAGACCAGGAAAAAAAUUGGCCAUGCUAUGAGUGUAAUCGUCGUUUUACCAGCUCAGAGCAGCUUCAGCAACAUCUCAACAUGCAUGAUGAAAAGCUAGACUACUUCAGCAGGUCAAAGAGCAGAAGUCGUGGCCGAGGCAGAAGGCGCUUCGGCUCAGGGAGGCGACCUGGGCGCCCGCCGAAGUUUCACAGACAAGAUUCAACUGUAGAUCAGAGUGAGGCACUACAGCUUGCUGUGAAGCGGCGCCUUGAAGACACAGAUGAACCUGUGGCUAAUGGAAUGGAUCAAGAGGAAGACUCGUCAAAUAGCUUAGAGCAGCCAGAAAAUGAUUCGAGUAUUGCUAAUAACAAAACAACCACUGGCCCUGGGGAGGAAGUGCGGCGCAACAAACGCAUACGGAAUGCUGCUCUCCAUCAUCUCUUUAUACGUAAAACUUUUCGACCAUUUAAAUGCCUUCACUGUGGGAAAGCAUUUCGGGAGAAAGAGAAGUUGGAUCAGCACCUGCAUUUCCAUGGGCGGGAGGGCAACUACCCACUGACUUGUGAUAUCUGUAACAAAGGCUUCAUAAACAGUUCAGCACGUGAUUCACACAUGAAGUUCCACUCUGAUCAGAAAACCUACUCCUGUAUUUUCUGUACAGAAUCUUUUGAUAGGCUGGAUCUCCUCAAAGAACACGUUGCAGUUCAUGUUACUAACGGCUGUUUCACCUGUCCCUCCUGUAAAAAACAAUUUCCAGACUUUAUCCAGAUAAAGAAGCACAUUCGAAGCUUCCACUCUGAGAAGAUUUACCAGUGUACAGAAUGUGACAAAGCCUUCUGCCGGCCGGACAAGCUUCGACUACAUAUGCUGCGACACUCUGAUCGGAAGGACUUUCUCUGCUCCACCUGUGGCAAGCAGUUCAAAAGAAAGGACAAGUUGAAAGAGCACAUGCAGAGAAUGCAUAAUCCUGAACGAGAGGCCAAGAAUGCUGGGCGCAUCCACAAGUCAAAGCCUUUCAAACCUAAGAUCCCUUCCACAGACUACGAGAGUUUCAUGUUCAAGUGCCGUGCCUGUAUGAUGGGCUUCCGUCGGCGUGGGAUGCUGGUGAAUCAUUUGUCAAAAAGGCACCCAGAUAUCAGGAUAGAUGAUGUGCCAGAGCUAACGUUGCCCAUCAUUAAACCAAACAGAGACUACUACUGCCAGUACUGUGACAAGGUAUACAAGAGUGCCAGUAAACGUAAAGCCCAUAUCUUGAAGAACCACCCCGGGGCAGAACUUCCCCCGAGUAUUCGGAAGCUAAGGCCCGCAGGUCCAGGGGAACCGGAUCCAAUGCUGAGCACGCAUACGCAACUGAAGGGCACCAUUGCCACCCUGCCUGUGUGCUGUCCACACUGCUGCAAACAGUACAGCAGCAAGGCAAAAAUGGUUCAACACAUCCGGAAAAAACAUACCGAUGUUCUACAGGAUAAUCCAAAUGCACUGCAGACGCUACCUGUACAAACUCCCAUCGUAGCGACAGUCAUCAGUACAACACCAACUGUUGUGAACACGGAUGGAGCAACUGGAGAUACAAUUGUGACAACCGAUCUCCUGACUCAGGCGAUGAGUGAACUGUCGCAGACACUGACAACUGACUAUCGGCCAGCUCAGGGAGAUUAUCAGCGCGUGCAGUACAUUCCUGUCUCUCAGCACAUCCAGCCUGUUCAGGGGCAACAGUCUCAGCACAUCCAACUCCAGGUGGUGCAGGUGGCACAGACGCCCUCUCAGCAGAAUCAGCAUUCCACAGUGGAUGUCAGCCAGCUGCACGAUCCUCAUGGCUUUGCACAACAUGCCAUUCAGGUCCAGCACGUCCAGGUUGCAGAACAGUCCAGCGCCAUGCCCCCUUCAGCCACGCAGAGUGGAAGUGGGCAGCCACUGAGCCCUGUAUCACAGCAGUCACAGGAACUCAGCCCUUCCCAGAUACCGAGUGGAACAUCAACACAAAACCAAGUCUUACAACAGCAACCAACAGCUACUGUACAGCAUGCGUACCUUCCCAGCACAUGGGGAACCUUUCGCAACUACUCUUCUGAGAUUCAGAUGAUGACCAUUCCUCAGACUCAGUACGUUAUUGCAGAGGCUCCUGUGGCCACAGUGAACAGUGGCCAGAUGAAGGCAGUGACACAGACACAUUAUGUGAUAUCAGAAGGACAGACCGAGAUGGACUUGAAGCAGAAUUCAAGACUUGAUGUUCCUCAGACACAGACAGACACAUCCCUACAGCAGCAGAAUGCACAAUUCAUCAUUACCUCAACAGCUAAUGGGAAUGGAACUACUGAGGUGCCAAUCACAAAGCCCUAGCUGGGCACUGUUCCUCUCCGAAUUCAUACCAGCUCCACUCGGAGUGGAGUUGCAACUUGUGGCAUGCAUUUUAUAAAAGGAAAGCGAGAGAGCAGAGACUUAGAUUCACAGCUUUUCCCUCCACAAAUCUCUCCCUUCCCUCAUCACCUACCCUUCUGGAUGAAGUAUUAGAGCAAAGUGCAGGAAAUCAAAAAAACUGUGGUUGCUACUGAUAGUCCGAACUCAGUGAGAUCAAGCUCAUUACCUCAUUGCGUAUGAGUUGGGCCCUGUUUUUAGAGAAAUGAUUGAGGAAACUGAAAGAAGUAAGGUGGGAGAUGAACUUACCAGCUCUGUUCACAAACCCUCACAACCAGUCAUUCAAAUUGCCUUUUGACCAAGGAAGCUGCGUGUCAACAACCCACCAAGAGAGACUGUGCCCCAGACGAACUCUGAUGUGAUUCAGGAGCUUAAAGCUGCGGACAUGGUAUUAUUAAUCAAAGGUCCACUAAAGCUGCACAGAUGGAGGCAGUGGGCUGGAUUCUAAGUGACUAAAGUUAGUGUGAGUUUGUAAGAUGAAUCAGCAGGAAAAUUCAUUGUUGAACUUGUGCCAUUUCCCAGGCUGAGACACUUGCCUCCUUCUGUGGGUUAUGUUGUUUUCUAGGUCUGUUCCCCAGAACGCGACUGGGAUGAGUGUGGUCUGGUCAGCUUGAACCUGAGGCAAAUAUAGCAAGCACACACACAGACCAGAGUAUACAAGGGUGUAGAGGUGUAUUCUCUUCACUCGUAAUACAGACCAAAAUAUUAAAGUUUUAACGAAUAAGAUUUUAAUGCUUAUUAUUUAAAAUAUAAUGUUAAUUACAAACUUCUGUGACUGUAUAAUUAGAGAAGCUCUGUUCUAAAAGUGUUUAAAGAUCAAUAAAAAUAUAAAUGUGGAUUCUGUGACUCUGCUCUUCACUCCAGCACGUAUCCUAGACCAGUGAUUGCUGCUUACCUCCAACACCCCUGUGUGGAAGGAGCCAGGAUACUGCAGAGAGGAGGGCAGGGACACAGAUCCAAAGUAUCCUGGCUCCUUAAAUUACCGUGAUUUGAAAUAUAAUUUCAACCUGCAGAAUAAUCCUGCGUGUCACCUAACUUUUCUUUUGCUGAUGCUGUGAUUUCCUGAAAUUGAAGGUUGGUUCUUUUCCAGUAAGAGAUAUUACAGGAUGGGUUGGGAUGGCACCUUCUUGGCUGAAAUUCUGCUGAGAGUAGUAAGGGCCCAAAACUUAACACUAUUUAAAUUUAUUGUUACUCAUAACUUAUGCUCGUAAAUAAUUCAGUUCCUGGGUUCCCUGCCCUGACAUUUGGGUGAACUGGCACCAAUAAGUGUGCACGCACUCUGGCUUUAGCAACUGGACAUUCCAAACCUCAGCACUUAUGCCAGUGUUAAUGUGGCAAGGUAUUGCCUUAGACCUGUAAAAUUUAUUAGCUAUCAGAACAUUUAUUUGGCAAAAAGCUGUAUAUAACAGAAUGUUACAUAAUUGCAUAUUUAUUAAUGUGGAAAGAGUUGCAAAGAUUUUUAAUACUAUAUCACUCAAAAAAAAUUCACAUAAACUCCCAGUGUUGUCUUGAUGGAACAAUUUGAUCUGCAUCUCAUGACUUGUCAUCGGAUUUGGAGGAACAACAUAAAACCAAUUGGCAAUGUUUGUUGUUGUUGUGUAGACCUUACAAUGGAGUCUACCCUUUGCAUUUCAACAACUUUCACUGGAACAUUUUAAAGAAGUUUUUUAGAGACUGCUUUUUGAUCCACAAAAAAACAUCAAACCAACAACAGAGGUUGGGAGAGUUGAGCAAAAGUUUGACCAAUGGAAUGAGUUUCACAGAGGAGACCAUGAAAUGGAGAAUUGGGGAUAUAAAAUUCUAAUGUGGAGCAUAAAUAGAGCUUUCUGUACAGUGGCCAAGUGUGCAGAAAAGGAAGGGGCAGUGUAACGUACAGGAGAUGGGAAAUGGAGCCUUAAAGCCUUCCCAGGCUUAUCAAGAAACCAGAACAGAAAGGCAAGUUGUGAAUUAUUAAUUCUGAUUUUGACAAGUAGUGAACAUCUGAGGAUGGAGUUUCUGGCAGAGUGGGAUUUGUGACUUUAGAUAAGUUGGAGUUGGGGCUCAAAAUAGGAACCUGGCCAGGUUUCAAUCCAAAUAAACUAAAAUAAUGGAGAUGGUCAGGAAAUGGCAAACAGGACCAUACUGACCUGAAUUAGUGGCAAGGAAGAAAUUAAUACUGACAGAUGACCACUGUAUAACCAAAUAUUUUUUUAAAAGCUGAAAUCUUUAUAUAAACACAAAAAAUGGUAAAUGCUCAGCAGGUCAGGCAGGUUUCACUCAGUGGAGGGUGAAACAAGAUUAACAGCAUAAGAAAAUGGGAGCAGGAACAAUGGAGACAUGAGAUUGCAGAUAAGACCAUAAGAGGUGUGGUUAGGCCAUUCAGCCCAUCAAUUCUACACUGUUCCAUCAUGGCUGAUUUAUUAUCCUCUGAACCCUAUUCUCUUGUCUUAUCCUUAUACCCUUAGAUGCCCUUACUAAUCAGGAACCUAUCAACCUCUGCUUUAAAUAUGACUAAUGGCUUGGUCUCCACAGCUGUAUGUGGCAACAAAUUCCACAAAUCCACUACUGUCUAAAGAAAUUCCUCAUCUCUGUUUUGAAGGGAUAUCCUUGUAUUCUGAGGCUGUGCCCUCUGAUCCUAGAACUCCCCCCCGCCCCCCACCCCCUGCUAUAGGAAACCUCCUCUCCACAUUUGUUCUAUUUAGGUCUUUCAAUAUUCGAUAGAUUUCAAUGAGCUCCUCCCCAUUCUUCGAAACUCCAGCGAGUAUUGGCCCAGAGCCAUCAAACUCUCCUCAUACAUUAACCUUUCAUUCCUGGGAUCAUUGUCGUGAACCUCCUCUGGACCCUCUCCAAUGCCAGCACAUCCUUUCUUUCUUAGGGGACCCAAAACUGCUUACAAUACUCUGUGUUUUCUGACCAAUGCCUUAUAAAGCCUCAUCAUUACAUCCUUGCUCUUAUAUUGUAGUUAUCUCAAAAUCAAUGCUUGCAUUGUAUUCAUCUUUCUUCCCACUGACUCAACCUGCAAGUUAACCUUUAGGGAAUCCUAUACGAGAACUCUCAAGUCCCUUUGCACCUCUGAUUUCUGGAUUUCCUCAUCAUUUAAAAAGUAUUCUAGACCUUUAUUCCUUUUACCAAAGUGCAUGACCAUACAUUUCCUGAUACUGUGUUCCAUCUGCCAUCACUUUGCCCAUUAUCCUAAUCUGUCUAAGUCCGUCAGACUCCCAGCUUCUUCAACACUAUCUGCCUCUCCACCUAUCUUUAUAACAUUCAUGAACUUGGCCGCAAAACCAUUAAUUCUGUCAUCAAAUCGUUGACGUGCAACCUGAAAAGAAGUGGUCCUGUUAGGGCAUAUUUUUGAGAUGCAGUUUAGCAAAUGUUAACCUUCAGCAAUCAGCCUUCAGAUCUGAAUGUGAUUUAUAGAUUAGAUUUAAAAUGCCGCUUGGAACAGGGAACAUCCAAUUGAGAUGUCUGCAUGUACAUGAAUGCAAUCAACAUUGACUGAAUACGACUCGGAGACCACAGUAAUUAAACUCUUUUUUUGGGUGUGCUGUUGGGAAGAUCCAGGCAUUUGAAAAUUUACAUGCAAUUCAAAAGAAGCAUUAUGAGAUCAUUGUAACUAUAGAAAUUGUCCUGUUAUCUUUGUUCUUUAACAUAUAAAAAUGUGCUGUAAUAUUGGGCUGGGACUCUAUCUUAUCUAUCUCUCUGUCUCUGUCUGUAUCUCUCUCGUGACUCCAAAGGCUGCCAGCUUGUGUGUGUCCAAAAUAAAAUCUUUUACGGCUUUUAUAUCUACCAGCUGUGUCUCUUCUGACUUUGUUCACAGUUACAUUUGGGGGCUUGUUCGGGAUGUCGUCAUGAUCCUUUGUGUGGUUAGCUAUCUUAGCAGACCUGAGUAUUUUUUAAAUUAGCACUCACACUUAGAUCUGUUUGGGUCUGUGACCAUGGGAUCAUGAGGUAUUACGAACAUGGUGGAGAGCUGAACUAGUAGAUAUAAAAGUAGAGUGGUGUGUGUGUGCAUACAUUUGUGUUUAUGUAAGAGAUAGACAUCUUUGGAUAAUUUGAGACAGGGCCACCACACCAGUUGUGAAGGGUGGUUAUUGUUCGUUUGGGCCACCAGUGGGGUGUGCUUAUACUCAUUCAGGGAACUGUAUAGUCGCAGAGGCAUUUGCGUGUGUGUGUGUCUACGUAUUUUAAGAAUAUGUCUGUAACAGUUAAAUGCAAAGGGAUACAACUGGCAUUACGAGCUCAGACACACACAAGUGGCAGAUUGCAGAGUAUGUACUCUGGUUUUAAGUAUGUACUGUUUAGUUUUAUCCACUGUUUAUGGGAAUUAGUGUGGAGAUAUUUGAGAGGUUAUAUCCAGAUAUACCUGUUGGGAUGACACCUUUUGACGUCAGGUCAAGAACCCUGAUGACCUGAGCUAGGCCUUGACCCCGAUUACAGCUAUCCAUAAGCCCUUCACUCCCAAAGAAAAGCAGAGCAUUUUGACAGAGUUUCCCUCAUUUAAAGUCGCCUGCAGAAAUGCAGAAUUCUGGUGAAAGCUCAAGGAAAUUAUUGCAGUUCACCAGAGGCAAUGUCCUGAAAAAAGUGUGAGAGUCACUCACCAAAGCAGGCAGAAUCUACAGCAGCACCCUCUCUUUCUGAUUCUGACUACUGUACCGCCAGUGGUGGCCAUCCAUGGAUGUACACAAGAGGUUUAUAAGGGAGCCGGCAAUGUGAAAUGUUAGUGGAUAUGGGGGGUCAGUAUUGAUAGCUGAUCUACCUUUGCCCAUGACUGGAGAGGUGCUGGAGGUGAAACAAUGAGGGUAGAGAGAAUCAGCCCCAGGAACUUGAGGCUGAGGGAGUGCAGCUUCCUGUAGAUUUUUUGGUGUGCCCAAGCAAUGAAGGUUCUGUCCUGAGGAUUGACACACUGAGUAAGGCAGGAAAAGGAGAAAUAAAGAGAAAUAACAAAUAACAAGACUGUGUGACCCACAGAGCAGCUAACAUGGCCCACAGAGAGACAGCAGCCCCAGACAGGGUAAAGUGUGGGAAUAAUGUCAGGAGGUUCCAAGGUGAGGGGCCAAACACAGUCAGGGGCUGUUGGAAGUAGUGUAGUUGCCUGAGGAGGUAGCAUGAUUGAAGUAAAGGCUUACCAGAAAAAGGAUAGUAGGGAAUGGGCGGGAAGACAUUGGUGCAAAGAGGACAACAGAAGAACAUGAAGUUACAGAAAUUACAAGGGUACAGGAAGAAACUACAGAUGCCAAUUUAGGAUUAAUUGUAAAUGUGAAGGACCACUGUAAUCAGGGCAAGACAUUGAGGGAUCGAACAAAACAGCAGCAACAUAUUGCUCAGAGAGCCAAGGGAGAGAUACUCCUCCCACAGCCAGGUGACCAUGGUAGGGAGCUGGCUGAUAAGACAGGUUUCAUUCCCAGGUGGAUCGAACCACAGGUGGUGCUCCAGACGAACGACGCCUGUGUUGGUGUUCAGUCCCAGUGAGGCAGCCAAUGCAAACACUGGGCUCAGGUAAAACCGUGUGACCCAGCUUCUUGUCACCCUCUCAGACAGAGCAAGCGAUCGAGUGUACCCGGUAGCAGUGUCAUUACAGGGAAUCCAAGUGAUGAACACCAACUGGUUGUGUCAGACCUGACCACACCUGAUAAAAGCAGAUCCACAGCAAAAGCUUCAGACACAGAGAGAGUGUGAACAGUGUGUUAUAGCAUAACGGUAACUGUACUCUGUAAUGAAGGCUGGUUGCUGAAGGUAGAUGAUUAGCUGUUUCGCUCAGAACAGAAAAAUGUUCGGUAAAUAGAUGGGAAGGGAUCUCAGUUCCAGCAGAGACGUCAGAUUCCACAACUUUGAUACAUGGCAGACUGAGAAAGAGAAGAAAUGCCAGUCGGAAUGGGGAGUGAAUACAAAUGAACUGAACCCUUUCAAUGGCUGGGCUAGCAAACAACUGGACAGUCCAGACCGGGAUGAGGCUCUUGCAGUCAUUCAAAUAAAGACCACUCCAGCCCAUGCUGUAUAUCGAUGAGAGGCUGGCUGUCAAGAUUCUGACAAUCCUCUGUCACGACGUGGAGUGUGAAUUGUUGCCCGUGAGCCUGAUACAUUUACUUUGCUGGUGCCCCUGACUAGACGGUAACCACUAGUGAGUUUUUGCUAUCAGAGAAUGAGGGGUGAAGAUAAGAAUGUGAUUAAACUGCAAUUGGCCAGUAGGGAAGGAGGCAACAGGCAUAGGAAUGCCAAAGCUGCAUUUUAAAGAUGGUGGUCAAAUUUCUGGAGCAAACUCUACUUGGAGCCUUGUGAGUCGCCAUUAGGGAUGAUAGCAUAGAUGAGCUCACAAUAUAGCAUACGUAAAUGAUUAGGAUGGGUAAUUGAGUAUGUGGGUGUCUGAAGAACAAAACAAUUUUUUCUGCCCUCUUUAAAUUAGAUCUUCCUUUGAGUUUGGCUUUUCCUGGAACAAAGUAAUUUGUGUCUAGGAGGGUCAAGAGGACAGAUUGUUAGGCCGUAUUUUGGAGAUGCAAUAUAGCAAAUGUUAACCUUUAGCAACCAGCCUUCAGAUCUGAAUUUGGAUUGUAGAAUAAAUCUAAACUGCAGCUCAGGUGGGAAAUGCAGCUCAGAACAGGAAACAUCCAGUUGACUUGAGAUGUCUGGAUAUGCAUGAAUGCAAUCAAUGCUCCAUUGCAUAAAUACAACUGAGACCACAGUAAUUAAACUCUUUGGGUGUGGUGUGCUGUUGGGAAGAUCCAGACAUUUGAAAAUUUAUAUGCAAUUCAAAGGAAGCAUUAUGAGGGCAUUGUAACUAUAGAAAUUGUCUUAUUCAUUAACAUAUAAAAGUGUGCUGUAAUGUUGGGUCAGGGGGUCUCUCUCUUUUCUCCUGUGAAUCCAAAGGCUGGCAGUUUGUGUGUGUCCUAAAUAAAGACUACCAUGACUUUUCUACCA